UGACGAAGUUGCCUCAGUUUCCUCACAAGCCCGAAUAUUCAUCCUGACGGACAUCCUCAAUGAACCUGAUGAUCAGAUAUCAAUGGUUCGCUAUCUAACCUACUCAAACGAGUUUGAAACCAAAGGUCUGAUCGCCACAACCUCAGUCAGGAUGCCGAACGAGACGCAUCCAGAGGCUAUCGAGCUUAUUAUCAAAGCAUAUGGCGAAGUAGUUUCUACUCUAAACAAGCAUGUACACCCCAACGCAACCUUCAGUCCCGCCGAGGAUCUCCUGAAGCUUGUGCUUGGUGAUUGUCAGCAGCCUCCCAUUGGCUUAUCUUCUCUAGGUUUACGGCCGUCAGGCUCGAGGGGGCAUCCUCGCAUGUCAUUCUCCAGGUGAACAACAACAAGGGUCAACAUCCAGUUCGUAGGUAUAAGCAGAUUCUUAUCCAUGACGAAGAGAGUCAAGAGUAAAUAGACAAUGGGAUUUCUUGCACUUUAUAGCCUGCAGGUCGCUAGCUUUAAC